AUGGGAACCUUCAAAGGACGGUUUAAAUUGUCUUUAAAAAACACCCCGAGCCUUCCUAAGCAACCAGUACAGGUAUUCCCUCUGGGUGUUCCACUCGUGACUUGGGUCCCUCCCAGCCACUGCUCAGAAGCGUACCUCAGCGCAGAACCACGGAGUGCCCGCAGGGGCCGCACUGGGCCUCCGACACAGCCGGUUGCUGAAGACAGACAGACUUCUGAGCAGCAGUCUCAGGCACUACGGAUUCAGUGGAGGCAUCCUUCAGAGCGGUAUACCUCCUGUGAACUUAGGGCAGGAAGCAAUACUUCAGAAUUGAAUGUGUGUAAAUAUAGUUGCUUUGAGUUGCAAUCGCUGUUUUCUUCUUGGCCUCAGGUCUGA